GACAGGGGAUCCACGUUCAACGUGUUUGUGGGAAAAGGUCAACUUAUUGCUGGGAUGGACAAAGCUCUGGUCGGCAUGUGCGUGAACGAGCGGCGGUUCGUGAAAAUCCCCCCCAAGCUCGCCUACGGAAGCGAAGGCGUCUCUGGUGUGAUACCCCCCAAUGCUGUGCUCCAUUUCGAUGUGCUUCUGAUCGAUCUCUGGAACUCGGAGGACGAAGUGCAGGUUCAGACUUACUUCAAACCUGAGAAGUGUCCUCGGACAGUCCAGGUGUCUGACUUUGUACGAUACCAUUACAAUGGAACGUUCUUAGAUGGGACCUUGUUUGAUUCAAGCCAUAAUCGGAUGCGAACUUACGAUACCUAUGUGGGAAUUGGAUGGCUGAUUCCUGGUAUGGACCAGGGUCUCUUGGGGAUGUGCGUAGGAGAGAAGCGCAUUAUCACAAUACCACCUUUCCUGGCAUAUGGAGAAGAAGGAGACGGUAAGGAGAUCCCUGGCCAAGCUUCUCUUGUCUUUGAUGUGGUUUUGCUAGAUCUCCAUAACCCCAAAGAUGGUAUUACUAUUGAGAACCAGCAUGUGCCUGAAUCUUGCGAGCGGAGGAGCCAGACAGGAGACUUUCUCCGAUACCAUUACAACGGCACGCUUUUGGAUGGCACGUUGUUUGAUUCCAGCUAUUCACGAAAUCAUACAUACGACACCUAUGUCGGGAAAGGUUACGUGAUUGCUGGGAUGGAUGAAGGUUUGCUAGGUGUAUGCACUGGUGAAAAAAGAAGAAUAAUAAUCCCCCCUCAUCUUGGAUAUGGAGAAGAAGGAAGAGGAAAGAUUCCAGGAUCUGCAGUGCUGGUCUUUGACAUCCACGUGGUUGACUUCCACAACCCCUCAGAUUCAGUCGGCAUUACUGUUAACUACAAACCUUCCAACUGCACUGUACUGAGUAAGAAGGGAGAUUACUUGAAGUAUCACUACAAUGCUUCGCUCCUGGAUGGUACUUUGCUAGACUCGACGUAAGUAUAUCACCUGAUAAAGAAAAUGCCCCUAGCAGCUGUGAAAGCAGAAUGA